AUGAGCACGACGAAUCGCGCCCGAAAAUCCGGGUGCGGCGCGUGCAUUCGAAACGCGUUCUGCCUUCUGAAGCCGUCGACGAGUCGCGAGACCGCCGAAUGCGACAAAAAGCUGCUGGCGACGAAUGGCGAUUCGUCAGCCGCAAAUCAUCACGAAGCCAUGAUAUCGUGUGUUCGACAUCAACCGAGUCCGACUCACGACGACGUCAGCACGGCGGCGGCGAUUCAAUUGAAGUGA